AUGGCUUCCGACAUCUUCAACUGGCUCCCACCCGAGAUCCAUAUCAAUAUCGUGAAACACCUCGACGUUCAGGCCAAGCUUGACGUACUUCGAGAUGUCCAAUCCUUUAACUCAGCUUCUCCAACCGCACGACACUAUUUCUACGCCAACCAAUGCGCUUCUUUUCUACGGCCUUAUAUCCAAGAGAUAUAUAGAAUCUUUGGAGAUGAAACACUCGUACCGUUAGCAUUAAUUCUCUUGCAUGUGAGAAAGAUACGUGCCCAGACUCGUGGGUUAACGUCCUUGCAGAUCGAGCAACGCCUCAGACCUCACCUUGACGCUUUCGCUCGCUUCGAAAACUCAGAACCCGAAGAGGAAUGGAAAUACGACUUGGGAUAUAUCCUAGCCAUAUUCAAUAUGAAUAGGGAGAUGGCCAUCAUUUGGGGUGAAUAUUGCCAGUUCUCGCGGCCAGGCACACGUACAAAGCUGAGCAACGCCGUCAAUCACUUCCUCCGUUACGACCUUUAUUGCCAACUAGGAUGUAACGGGGAAGAAAAGCUAUUUUCAGAAAAUGAGCACGUCAAAGAACUCGAAUCUCAUAUCUACAAGCUCCUUCCACAACCACCUCAGGCCCGCGAGUUAGGCGUCAACAUGCCAUGCUUGGUUAAAAACCGACACAAAAGGAUUUUACUUGAUGUACGUUGGCAACUCGGAUACGGGGAUGCACGGAAUGAGCAGCAACAAGUGGACGACAUCAUGCGUCAAGGAGGGCCGCCGGACUUCGUCAUGCAGCGCCUGCGAGAAUGCCGAUUUAAAACAAAAGGCGCGUAUGAUGUCAAGCUAUAUCUCGACCACGUUGUUCUACAAGGAUAUCCUUUGCUCCUCCACUUGCAACAGCUUACAAGAGAUGCUCGGGCAGCAUACGUCGUCGAUACGUUUUUCAGAAUCGUUACUGAGAAAUUCCAAAUAGGGUCCGGGAUGUCAAGGUCUACUAGGUCUACUACGAAGGCAGAAAGGAUAUACCGCUCUCUUGCAUAG